GAUGGAUAACUGUCACCAUGUGUUGUGACUGUGGCACCCAGUCAUGGUUGGACGCACACCCAGAUUGUCACUUAUCUUUGCUGUAUUGGCAGUAAUAGGAUUUAUACUGCUCAUUAGCAUAAUCACAUCUCUAGAGGAUUUAAAUGGUCAACUAACAUUCACCUUCUACAAAAUUAAGAGCAGCAUUCACUCAGCCUUUAAGCCUCCUGAACUCGUGUGGCCGGUGGUGGUAAACCAGACAUACUGUGGCCGAUUUGUCCAGAAGCUCACAGAAGAAGAGGCCAUAGAACAGAGACAUUUGCUCAAUUCCCUUGCAUGGCCAGGUCCACACAUGAAAGGGCUCCCUGUGAAGUUCAGCAGUAAUCCUGCCAAGAGCUACUUUGUGAUUCAGGGUCCACCAGAGCAACACAUAGGUGAUCAGCUUGUGGUUAAAGUCCAUGUGCACAACUUCUUGGGCCAACCUAAGAAGCAUGGCGGAGAUUUCCUGAUAGCCAGGCUGCAUUCACCUGAGCUGCGUGCUGGGGUUGCAGGGAAGGUGCAUGACCACAAUGAUGGGAACUAUACAGUACUGUUCCCGUUGCUGUGGGCUGGUGAAGUGCGAGUAGAAAUUACCAUGGUGCAUCCAAGUGAGGCAGUUGCGGUGCUCAAGAGGCUGCAGGAAGAGCAACCAGACAGAGUAUUUUACACAAGCCUGUUCCGCUCCGGCUCCCUGUCAGAGACAACCAUCUGCAACUUGUGCCUUCCUUUCAAUCAGAAACCACUCUGCAAUUUCACUGACCCUGUAACUGGAGAGCCCUGGUACUGCUACAAACCUGAAAAGAUAGGCUGUGACACACGAAUAAAUCAUGCUACAGGGGGAUUUACUAAAAACCUCAUUACAAAAUAUGAAGCACAUUUCUUCAAGAGGGGUGUAAAUCUUAAAGUUCCUAUACCUGCAUCUGCAAUGGACAAAGUGACUGUAUUGCCUGCAAACAACGAACAAAACGCCAUAGUAAAAAACAAUUACAAUGCUGCUGGCUACUACUUUAAUGGUACCUGGAGGUCUUUGAGUGGUUCAGCUGUCCAACAGUUUAAUGACCCAUCAGCCAUAACACGUUGUCUUAGAGGGAAGAUUGUGUACAUGCUUGGAGAUUCCACUUUGCGUCAAUGGUACAAGUACCUCACUGCUUUUGUUCCUGAUCUCAAACAGUUAAAUCUUUACACUCCUAAGAGAAUAGGACCAUUUAUGGCUGUCGACAGCACAAACAACAUUCUGGUAAGAUAUUGCUCCCAUGGGCCACCCAUCCGCCUCACCCCAGUGCUCUCCUCUGAGCUGCACUAUGCAGCAAAUGAGAUAGACAGGAUACAGGGUGGGCCGAACACGAUCGUGCUUGUGAGUGUGUGGGCUCACUUUAGCUCCUUUCCUAUUGAAACUUAUAUACGGCGCCUCCGGCACAUUCGUAAGGCCGUGAUGCGGCUGCUUAACCGUGAUCCAGCUACGUUGGUGGUGAUCCGCACUGCCAACCUGCAAAAGCUGGACCCAGAGAACACUAUGUUCAACAGUGACUGGUUCUGUCUGCAGAUUGACACUGUGCUGCGUGCCAUGUUCAAAGGACUCAAUGUGAAGUUGCUGGAUGCCUGGGAAAUGACACUGGCCCACCACUUAUCCCAUAACCUACACCCACCCCAAGACAUUAUCAAAAACAUGAUUAAUGUAAUCCUCUCCUUUAUCUGUCCAGUUAGAAAAAUAUAGAAUUGUGAAAAAUAAAUUAUGUAAUGUAUAUAUUCCACAAUGCAUUCCACAAAUAUAACAAUAAAACAAUGUAAGGGUAGCAUAAAGAACCAAAAAAAAAUGUCAAUCAGUUUGCUGUGACUCAAUUUACCAACAUCUUACCUUUUAACUGAUAAAACAGUAAGAUGGUGAAGCCUGUCUUGAAUGGUGAAACCCCAUUGUGCACCUCAGCCAUGUGUGGAGCUGCCUACAACUACAGCUGUACAUACUGCACCAUGCAAGUUAAUACCAUGCUAAUAAUUCCUUCAAUUAGCUUUAAUAAUUAUCGUUGAAAAUACAUUUACCUCAAAUAGGGUGAAUCAUCAGGAAAUCAUUUGCUCAACUUCCAUAUCUUUUUCUUUUAAGUGGGUAAUGGUCCUGUACUGUAGGUGUCAAAGUUACAGGUAAAAUCUAGGCAAAUUUUGCAACCAGCCACAGACCUAAAAAGGUGUACUAAUUUUAGUAGUUUGAUAGCUUGUUUUAAUUGUAAAUAAGUAACCUGGUAACCUUUUCUAGUAACCUGAUAUUUUACCUCUAUCAUGCUCUGUUUUGUUUUUUCUCGUUUUGUUUGUUUGUUUCUGCUUGGUAAAAAGAACUUUUGGAUAUCCACCUACAGGAGUCAGUAAUACAAUAUGAGUCAAAUUAAAUCAUUGCAGAUCAUUACUGGGGCACGUGAGGAGUAAAAGGGGUGGCAACGCCCUUGGCAAUGGCUAGUACACAUGGCAGACUCUCCACAAAAUCCAAUAAUAAUAAUAAUAAUAAAUUAAUUUAAAAACAUGCUGUUUAACAAAGUACUUAUUAUAAUCAGUAAUGUGGUGAGGUUUUUCUUAGGAGACAUUUAUUUAACGUAUAGUUUUAGUUAUAAGUACUCUCUGUCUAUUGUACAAUUAAUGUUUUCUGAAUUUUAAUGUUCAAAUUAACCUCUGAGUGAGUCAACUAUAACACAAUUAAAACUAAAACGUCUUGUUUCAUGGGAUGUACAUUAAUCUAUAAGCCUGAAAAAGGAAGACCUUUACUUUCAGACACUCUAUUUUAAGACCUGUACAAGACCUGUAAUCUAUAAAUAUGUGUGUGUGUGUAUACAUAUAUAUGACUUAUCAGACAAUAGCUAGCCAUGCUGUAGAGGCGUGUGUUGCUGACGUUGGGUCGUGUGGUGGAGUUAUUCAUUCUUAAGCCUAUGCACAGCAGGCAGGACAGAAUGACCACCAGGCCUCUGUGAAAUGUCCUGGUACUCCAGAUGGCCAGUCCACCCCUGAUGCAUCAGAUACUGAAUGAAUUACAUCUUUUCACCACAUCUGAAUAGAUCCUGAAAGUACAGACAGAGCCUUGUUGUACUGGGGAUUUUUUCUGCAUAGAUACAAGUAUGAUCUAUGUUAGACAGCUUGCUAUUUUCAGAACUCAGUUCCCCUCUCCAAGUGGACACAUCA